AUGACUUUUUUUGUUUCUUUAAUUAACUUUCUUAAUUUGGUUUCUUUGUCACUACUUAUUGAUAAACUUCCAUUUUCAUAUAUUUCACUUAAUGAUUCAUUAUUCAACAUUUCUUUAUCUUGA